CUCUGCCUUGUGCCUGUCUGCCUGUCAGGUUGGGCGGUGAUGUGCGCUAUGCAGUUGUUUACUCAAGGGCUAAGAUGCAGCUCUGAAGCUCCAAUAUUUUUUUUUCAGCUGUGUUCAAGCCGUUGCGCCCCUGUGUUGACCAACGGAUGACACUAACCUCUACUCGUGUAGUAUGAAAGGUCCUUGCAACCCGCAGAACCUGUUAUGAGCUUCAUUUUUUCUGUGAAUUGAGCAAAGCAAAGACUUUCAAGAUGUACAAUUCACCGAUAUCUUUGGAAGAAGCGUGCGUUGACUUUAUAUGUGAAAAUUUGGAGGCCUUAUGCGAGGUUACACCAUUAAUGACCCUUUCGCCUCCUGCGGAUGGUAGUGAUAAGCCAGAGUGCCAUAAAGAAGAGAAGCUGACUCUGAAAGAUGAUUCAGUCUUGCCACCUGGGAUUUCCGACCGACUGCUUGAGCAACUUAGCGAAAAGGGGAAGUUAAAAGAUUUGACAAUGACUUUAUUUGACUCAAACAUAGCAACAUUAAGAAAUGUGCGUAUGCGGAAAGCAGGAAAACUGACAACAAAGGGACUGAGAAUGUUAAAAGGUCACAAAAUCAGGAGUUUAGAGGCCAUCGGUUUAACUGUUUCUGUGAAUGACUUGAUUGGGUGUCUCGGAGAGUGGACCCUGCAAAACUUGCGAUCUUUAAAUGUUGCUCGAUCUACCUUCAUGGCUGGUUCAAAGUAUUGUGUUGUGGUUGGUCUCUCUAAGCUUCAGAACCUUCAAUCUCUUAAUGUAGCCUGUACAGAAUUCAACAGUCAUGGACUUGAAAUAGUUAUUGAGGAUUUACCUCACUUAGAAGUUCUCAACAUAUCUGGAACUCAGGUUUCAGAUAUAUCCUCCCUAAGAAAAUGUCGUGAUAGAUUAAAAUCAUUAUACAUGUAUAACCUUAAGGUAUCUCACCAGGAGAGUGUUGUUCGAAUCCUGCUGGAACUACACCAACUUCAGCAUUUGGAUAUUUCAGACGAGCAGGAUCGACAUCCAUUUGAUUUGUUGGAACCUAACCCCUCAAGUAUUUCAGAUUUAUUCAAACCUGAAUGUCUUCCUCAUCUACAGUAUCUAGACAUUUCAGGAGCAGAGAGAGUUGACGAAGAUGCAUUGAGGGAUUUUGUCUUGGCCCAUCCUAAUAUGACAUUUUUAGGCUUGAUGUAUCUCAAUGCCUGUUAUGAUCAGAUGUAUGUAAACCCAGACCAUCCCCACUACAGACAGGAUCUUGUGGUCACUGGCCUGGCAUCUGAGAAGCAAGUGAUGGAAGGUCUUGAAAGGUAUCCUCACCGCCCAAUAUUUUUGCAAAAAUGUCUCCUCAAUCUAUUCAGAAUUACAAAUUUGUAUAGAGAGACAAGGUCAGAUCUUAUAAAGCUGGUUGUGCGAGGCAUGAGACUACAUCAAGGGCAAUAUGGCAUUCAAAUGGCUGCCACUGCUUGUCUAUAUAAUUUAACAAAAGGAGAAUUGGCCAAUAGAGUCCACCCAUCUAUUCUCAGAGAUGUAGUAGAGUUAUCGCUAGAUGCAAUGGAAACAUUCCCGAGCCAUUUUCAACUUCAGAAAAACACUUUGUUGACCUUAUGCAGUGAUAGAAUUCUUCAUGAUAUUAGCUUUGACAAGUAUCGCUGUGCAAGGCUGGUAUUAGACAGCCUUUGUGCAUUUAACGAGGCAGCUGUUAAUAGAAUGAGUGUAGCAAUCUGCAGUGUACUAGCUGCUAAGAUUUCUACUCGUGAUUCCUCCUUACUGGGUGCACAGCCUAAAUACAUGCGGAAACUACUCACAAUGGUAGAAGCUCGCAUGGCAACAAAAACAAGUGACAUCACAAUGAAGUUCACUUUAAGUGCUCUGUGGAAUCUUACAGAUGAGUCUCCUGCAACGUGCCACAUGUUUUUGGAGGAGCGAGGACUUGAUUUGUUCUUAUCCAUGCUCAGUGUGUAUGAACAAGAAACUUCCAUUGAGACAAAGGUUCUUGGGCUAUUGAAUAACAUUGCUGAGGUUCCAGAGCUACGCUCAAACCUAAUGUGUUCCAGUUUCAUUGAAGCAUUAAGGAAGUUGCUUCACUCCAGGCACAUUGAUGUGAGCUAUUUUAGUGCAGGUAUCAUUGCUCACCUGAGCAGUGAUGGUCCCGCAGUUUGGAUUGUAGACAGUGUGAAAAGAGAAGAAAUGCUACAGGACUUGGGUCAAGUUGUCCUUAAGUGGAAAACACCAAGCAGUGAAAUGGUGGCAUACAGAUCAUUUAUUCCUUUCUUUCCUCUCCUCAAAUGUUAUGAAGCUUCCCAAGUACAAUUGUGGGCUGCCUGGGCCAUUCAUCACGUUUGUUCCAAAAAUGCAAAACGAUAUUGUAUGAUGCUGGUGCAGGAGGGAGGUAAUUCAAUUCUUCAAGAGAUGCUCGACUUGAGUUCAGAUGAGAUAGUCAAAGACAUUUGUCAGUCUAUUCUGAAAAUGGUGGAACAUGAAUCAAACCAGUCUUCAGAAAAUCAGCCUAUUGAAAUUGAUCCAGUAAGUGUCUUAGGUUGAAAUCCAUAUAAUCCCCCCAUCUGAUAUAUAAACAUGAAGGUAGGGAAGAUGAACAAAUGUUAGUACUGGGCAUGCUGUGGAAUUGUGGAAGUAUUUCUACACAUAACUCAUCAUCAUCAUAGUUCUCUGGUGCCGGGAGAAAAAUGCUCAGUGAAGUUUCUUUUUUUUCCAUGUUGCUUUGUGCUGAUAAAUUCAUAGCAGCUUGUACAAAUCUUUAUGAUGAGGUUAAAAAUGUAUUAAUUUUAUCUGUUAUGGGCAAAUAGUGAAAUGUGAUAAAAUGGGUAGGUUUAUUUGAGCAGUUGAAAACUGAGUAGACUGCUCUAAUGUUGAAUCUCCAUUAUCUCAUUAUUGUCCAUAUGCAAAGUAUAUAUAAAUAUAUGUAUCCGCUUGACUUAGUCAGAAUUGGAGCAAAAAUGCUAGUCAAUCUGUGAGUGAACAGCCUUUAGAGUUCAGUCAUAGUAAUUGUAAAAUUAAUUUUGAAUUUUGUAAGAUUUAUUUUGUGGAAAAGAUUCUUUUCUUUUCCUCUCAAUAUCUUAAGUAGCUUUUAAGAUAUAGGUGUGCAGAGGACAAAUCUCUGUUCUGCUUGCUAUUUCUUGUAGCUGCAACUAUUGCAACUAUUACUUGUUACCUUUUGAGCCUGCUCUUCUAUUUUGAUCUUUGAGGCCAUCACCCGUAUAUUCCUGUAUAAAUAGGGAAUUCAUUUUAUUUUUACUGUGUUAUGUAUUAUCUUACUGUCUAGGAGUAUCAGUCAAAUUAAUGGGUGUACAAGAAGUGCCUUCAUCAAUAGUGAUGUAUUGUCUCUAUCGAUCAUUGCACGUGUAUCAGGGAUUGCUAACAUACCGUUAUAAAGUAAAAAAUUAUCAAUGUCAUUGCAAGGCAUCCCCAGAAGGAAAAACCUUGCUAGGUGUGUACUGUUAAUAACGUGUUGUGUUUAAAUAAUGACAUAGCAAAAAUUGGAAAAAUCAUUGGAGUUAAUAUUGUACUAUUAAUUGUUACAAUAAUUUAACUACUGGUCUUUAUCCUAAGACUAUUCCUUCAGUUAAUGCCAUUUUUCAAAAAUGUACUCUUACUAUGGGAUGAAGAACAAGUAUUUGACUCGGUGUGAUUUCAUACAGUAGGGAACUUGCAACUGCAAACUUCAAUACACAGUACAUGCAGGUCCUGGGAUGUCAUGUCUCUUCUGGAAAGUGCCGAUCAAAUUAAGAACCUACUAGAUUUGGUACUAUUCAUUUCGGUUCUCGUGCUACCGAGUUUAUUCAACCAGUGAACUACCAUCAGUAAAAAGGCAAGAGCUUGAAAUGCUAUUCUCUGAGACUUAAAGUCAUAAAGUCUUUCAGAAAGAAGAGAAGCUGCAGAAAAAGAACGAACCUGGUUUUAAGUGGAAUUUGACUAUAUGUAAUAAUAAAUUUAACAAUUAAAUGUUGUCCUGAAUGGGUCUUCUUCAAA